AUGCUGCGGACGGCGCGCGGCAGUGUUCGGCUCUUGCGGUCUGUGCGGGGCGGGCUGGGGCCAGGUUCACCCCUAGGCUUGCUCCCGCAGACCCCCGCCUGCCCCCUGCUGCAGCGGUGCCUUCCACGGCGGCUUCUGCAGCAGGCGCCCCCGCCCGCCACCCCGCCCGCCGUCGGGCGGUGGCUCCUGGUCUGCAGCGGUGCCGUGGCCGGUGCAGUGGUGCUGGGCGGCGUCACCAGGCUCACAGAAUCGGGCCUUUCCAUGGUUGACUGGCAUCUCGUGAAAGGGAUGAAACCCCCAAGAACACAGAAAGAGUGGGAAGCUGAGUUCCAGAAAUACCAGCAGUUCCCAGAGUUCAAAAUUCUGAAUCAUGACAUGACACUGUCAGAGUUCAAGUUCAUUUGGUACAUGGAGUAUUCACACCGGAUGUGGGGCCGCGCCGUGGGGCUGGCCUAUAUUCUGCCUGCUGCCUAUUUCUGGCGAAAGGGCUGGCUCAGCCGCCCCUUGAAGGUCUGCGUCCUUGCACUCUGUGGCCUGGUCUGCUUCCAGGGGCUGCUGGGGUGGUACAUGGUGAAGAGUGGGCUGGAAGAGAAGCCAGACUCUUACGACAUUCCUAGGGUCAGUCAGUACCGUCUGGCAGCGCAUCUUGGCUCUGCACUGGUCCUGUACUCUGCUAGCCUCUGGACAGGGCUGUCUCUGCUGCUUCCACGACACAAGUUACCUGAAACUCGUCAGCUUCUUCGCUUAAGACAAUAUGCUCAUUGCACUACAGCUCUCAUUUUUCUUACAGCUCUUUCAGGCGCCUUUGUGGCAGGGCUGGAUGCUGGCCUUGUGUACAAUUCUUUCCCUAAAAUGGGGGAACGCUGGAUCCCAGAUGAUCUCCUUGCCUUCUCCCCCGUGCUGAGAAAUAUCUUUGAGAAUCCUACAACUGUGCAGUUUGAUCACAGGAUCUUGGGAAUCGCCUCAGUCACAGCUGUCAUAGCACUGUACCUCUUUUCACGGAAGAUCCCACUCCCUCACCGGACCAGGAUGGCAGUGACUUCCUUACUGGUUGUGGCUUGCAUGCAGGUGGGCCUGGGCAUCAGCACCCUGCUGCUGUAUGUCCCCACACCUCUGGCAGCCACGCAUCAGUCAGGGUCCCUGGCCCUGCUCAGCAUGGCACUCUGGCUCAUGAGCGAGCUCCGUCGAGUCCCCAAGUAACCCGCAGGAGGG